AUGUCCUCCAGCGGCGGGCAGCACUCCGCCAUGCAAGCUCCUCGGAGCGUUGCCGAAGUCGAGCAGCUCGUGAAAAGCCUCUACGUCCCCAGCACACCCGCCGUCAUCGCUGCUAUUGACGAUCAACUCAAGAAAUUGCAGUUGUCCGCUGAAGGAUGGCAGAUCGCGGACGCAUUGUUGGGCAGCGAGGAGCAGAGUGUGAGGUUUUUUGGGGCGUUGACUUUUCAGGUCAAGUUGAAUGUUGAGGGGCCGAGUUUGGAUGCGGAGGCGGCACAGACGGUUUUGAUGAGAUUGUUGUCGUGGACGGCUCAACUGGAUCGUAGAGGAGAAGGUCAACUCGUACGGAAGAAGCUCUGCGGCGCUCUUGGAACAUAUUUUCUCCAAUCGUCAACACCGUGGCAGCGACCAUUACUCCAUCUGGCGGCCUCUUUCCAUCGAGGCGAUGCUGUUCCGGAAGAUCAACUCUCCUCUGCACACGAUGCAAUAUCACAAUUCCUCCCAUUGAUGAGCGAGUCCCAGCUUGUCACUCUUUUGUGGCUUUCUAGCCAACUGGCGACUGAUGGCACUAAGAUGGACACCACGACGCCGGCACACGCCAAGCUACACCAACAAAUGGAACAGCUGGUCGACGAUGCGAGUAAGGUCAUGCAACAUGCUGUCAUGGUCCCGGUCACGCAAAUGGAGACCUCUUUCAAUCUCCGCGGCCAGCUGUUGUCUUGUUUCCUCAACUGGAUCAACUAUGCACAACCAAUGUGGAACACAAAACAGGAUGCUCUGGAACAUCUCCGACAACUGGUACCGGCACUUGCGACUCUUCUCACGAUACCAGAUGACAAUCAUGCUGAGACUCUGGAUGUCUUUCGAGAUGUCUUGGAAGGCUACACGAGUUUCUUCCAAGCUCAACACAUGGAGCUGUUGGCCAGCAUUGUGGGUCAGCAUGUAGGUCCGCAGAUGUUGGAGCAAUUACAAGCAGCAGAUCCGGAAGUUCUACCGCUGGCGCAGUUCGUUAUCGCCUACGGCGUGGCGAAUGUCCAGCAGGUCGUCGAGCAACCCGACGAUGAGCACGGCUCGAAGAUGAUAUUGCAAUUACUUCUGGCGAUUCUCGAAGGACCUGGCUUUCCCGGCGACGAUGAUGAGGUGUCGAUCCUCAGCAUCGAGUUCUGGAAUACGUACAUUGAACAUGUGAACGAUGCCGUCUACUCUAUGAAUCAGAACGAAGCGCCUCCCGCAUGGCUGGAGCGAGAUCGGGAGACCUGCCUGACACUCACGGUCCGUUUGUGGUCGAAGUUGAGGACACCGCCGGCUGAAAUCUCCAACAACUGGACACAAGGAGAAGACGAAGCAUUCCGCGAGUUCCGGAUCGAUGCUGCGGAUUUGAUGCUCUCGCUGUAUCUCCGCCUCUCCUCAGAUAUGCUGCAGCAAUUCAUCACCAUCGCGCUGCAGUCCCUACAACAACAGAACUGGCAGGAUUUGGAGGCUGCUUUGUACUGCAUCAAUACUGUUGCGGAUAAUGUGUUGGAGAAUGAGCCCGGAGAGAAGCUGUUGGCUCAACUCUUCAGCUCGCCUUUGUUCAAGGUCAUCGCGGACUUCAGUUUGCCCGUGCCGUCGGUCACUCGACGGACGGCGGUUGAUUUGCUGGGAAGCUACGGUGCUUACAUCGAGCGUCAUGCUGAAUUCCUCCCCGAUACGCUACGAUUCCUCUUCGCCUCGCUGGAGAAUGUGGGUCUCUCCCUGAGUGCCUCCAAGUCGAUUGCACUGCUAUGCUCGACAUGUCGGAGUAGUCUGACAGGAGAUGUCAACGACUUCAUCGAGCAGUACAAGCGUUUUGCAACUGGCGAAACGAGCGAGGGCUAUACCAACGAGAAGAUCAUCGGAGCCAUUGCCGCCAUCAUCCAGGCCAUGACACCCGAAUCCGCAAAAGCUCAACCUCUCUCCGCCCUCCUCGACAUCGUUGAUGGCAUGGUCGAAAAUGCAAAACAGCUCUCCAAUCCAGCGGAUGCGCACGACCUCGGCGUAUCGGCACUAGAAUGCCUGGCCAGCAUGGGCAAGAAUCUCCAAAUCCCCGACGAUGUUCCCAUUGACGUCUACGACGACGACGAGAAACCCGUCGACCCCAACAACUACUGGUCUUCAUCCCCCGGCCAAGCCAUCCAAUCCCGCAUCAUCACAACCUGCUACACCGUCCUCCAAUUCCUCCCCAACUCCGGCGAAGCCAUCGAUGCUGUCUGCCAGGUGCUCAAAUCCGGCUUCACAGAACACGAACCAGGUCCAUUCGUCUUCCCACCCUCCAUCACCGUCUCCUUCCUCGAACAAUGCACCCUCUCGACACCCAACAUCGAGUCCGUCCUCAGCAUGGCUUGCACGCUCAUCACCCAACAUUCCCGCCGCGACGCCGCCCCCAUCCACGCGGAUAUCGACCGCAUUUAUCGUCGAACCGUUGCCUUCGUUAACGAGCUCUCCGACCCCACCCGCGACCCCGGUGUCGCCCAAUCUUCCAUCGACGUCUUCAACCGCAUGAUCCCACGGUACUCCCACAUCCUCCUCGACACCUCUUCCCCAACCGGCGACCUCGUCCAACCCAUCCUCGACUUCGCCAUCAAAGCCAUCGACGGUCCGGACCUCCUCCCCAAACGCUCCGCCGCGGAACUCUGGUCGCGCAUCAUCCGGCCGCCCUCCCCGCCCGAGGACGACACAGUCCGCACCCGCCUCGCGCAGGUCAUUACCGCUUACGGACCCUUGUUAUGUCAAGCACUCAUGUGCCAAGUCGUGGGUAAAGGUCAGCGUAGCGAGCUAGACCAGCUCUGCGAGCCGUUGAAGGCGUUGAUACAGACGCAGCCGAGGAGCAGGGAGUGGCUGGAGCAGGCGCUGGGGAGUGAGGAGGUGGUGAGGCUGGUGGGUGGGAAUAUGAGUGAGGGGGACAAGAAGAGGUUUGUGCUGGGGUUGAUGGGGGUGAGAGGUGAGGUGAAGAAGACGAGGGAUAUUGUGAGGCAGUUUUAUGCGAGUUGUCGGGGGACGGUGGUUAGUUAUGGGUCUUGA